AUGGCGGCAUUAUGCUUCACGGUAUCUCCAGUACUCCCCCUCGGCGGCCAAGCCAACAAGGACGUCACCAAACCCAGAAGCUUACGUAAGCAGCUGAAGAUAACGGCCCAGUCCGCCGCCAAUAAUCCUGCAGCUGCAGCCGUCACGGACGCCGUUAUCCGGCAAGAGAGGAUCGAGAUGUCCACCCUGAUGGCGCCGGUGUUUCCUCCGCCGCUGAUGAGAGUGGCGGCGGAGUCGCUGCAGUACGAGAGCGGGCUGCUGGGCGCCGUCCCGAAGCAGAAGGCGGCCGGAGCGGCGGGAGACGGCGGCGUCCACAAUGCGAUGAGCUACCUGACGAGGAUACUGUCGUCUAAAGUGUACGACGUGGCGAUAGAGUCGCCGUUGGAUUCGGCUCCCAAGCUGUCGGAGAGGCUCGGCGUCCAUGUUUGGCUCAAGAGAGAAGACCUCCAGCCAGUUUUCUCCUUCAAACUGCGGGGAGCUUACAGCAUGAUGGCGAAGCUAACCAGAGAACAGUUAGCCAAGGGAGUGAUUUGUUCGUCGGCCGGCAACCACGCUCAGGGCGUUGCCUUAUCUGCUCAGAAACUGGGAUGCAACGCCGUCAUCGCCAUGCCCGUCACCACCCCAGAAAUCAAAUGGAAGACGGUGGAGAGAAUGGGCGCGACGGUGGUGCUCGUCGGGGAGUCAUACGACGAAACUCAGUCGUACGCGAAACAGAGAGCCAAGGAGGAAGGGAGAAUUUUCAUCCCUCCUUUUGAUCACCCCGAUGUCAUCGCCGGACAAGGAACAGUCGGGAUGGAGAUCGUCAGGCAAAUGCCCGGUCCACUGCACGCGAUCUUCGUGCCCGUCGGUGGGGGCGGGCUCAUCGCCGGAAUCGCUGCCUACGUGAAGAGAGUUCGCCCCGAGGUCAAGGUCAUCGGAGUGGAGCCGUUUGACGCCAACGCGAUGGCGCUCUCGCUGUAUCAUGGACAGAGGAUAAUGCUGGAUCAGGUGGGAGGUUUCGCCGAUGGCGUCGCCGUGAAAGCUGUUGGGGAAGAACCUUUCGGGUUGUGCAAAGAACUGAUCGACGGUGUUGUUCUAGUGAGCCGCGACGCCAUUUGUGCAUCAAUAAAGGACAUGUUUGAAGAGAACAGGAGCAUACUUGAGCCAGCAGGGGCUCUGGCCAUGGCUGGAGCUGAAGCCUACUGUAAAUACUACGGGCUCAAAGGCGAAAGUGUGGUGGCGAUUACCAGUGGAGCGAACAUGAAUUUCGACAGACUUGGCUUGGUUUCUCAGCUUGCAGAUGUAGGCAGGAGAUCUGAGGCUGUUCUUGCUACUUUCGUGCCUGAGAAGUGGGGGAAUUUCAUCCAGUUCUAUAAACUGGUUGGUCCCAUGAAUAUUUCCGAGUUCAGAUACAGAUACGACGCUCACAAAGAACAAGCUCUCAUUCUCUACAGUGUCAGCUUUGGUACAACCUUCGAGCUCGAGAAAUUGCAGGACUGGAUGAAAUCUGCUAGUCUCCAUACACUUAAUCUCACUGACAAUGACCUUGUCAAAGACCAUCUCCAGUUUCUGGUGGGUGGUCGGUCCAAUGUUGAGAAUGAGAUUGUAUGCCGGUUCAUUUUCCCCGAGAGACCAGGCGCUUUAGGAAAGUUCCUGGACUCUUUUAGUGUCCGUUGGAACAUCACACUAUUCCACUACCGAGAUCAGGGGGAGAGUGGUGCCAAUGUGCUGGUGGGUUUCCAAGUGGCAGCAUCAGAGAUGGAUGAGUUCAAGUCCUUGGCCAACAGCCUGCGAUGCGACUACAAGUUUGAGACGGACAAUGAGGUCCUGGACCUUCUACUGCGCUGA